GUUUUUUGGUUAGCACCUGGUGACAGUGCCACAUUGUAAAUUUCGCAGACAGUAAUCCUAAUUUCCUAGUUUCUGCUGCGACUUUUUGAAACAUUUGCAGAAGUGUAGUUGACGCGUAUUUGACGUUGCCUGUGACAUUAACAGGAUAUUUCGAAACUUCAAUCGCAAAUAAAUAAUCGUUCCUGGGAGUCACUCCGAAAAAUAAACAUCCCAACUAGAAAAUCACCAAGAUGAGCGAACCAUGUCCAGGAGUUUGCCGUACCGGAGGUACGCCAAUAAUUCGUGUAAUAGCAAGACCCGAAAAUAAAUUCCUGGAUACUCCAGCCAAUACAGAGGAGCUGGCCACAUUUGUAGAUCAGAAAGACAUAAUACCAGUCGUAGGUGGCGUUUUCAUCGACUAUGAACUGGGCCCGAUAUUCAUCAUGGCCUCUUCUGCCACGAAACAAGCUCUUUGCUCAGGCCCUUGUGCAACAGCUGGUGGAGGCCCAGCUCCCUUAUCACGUGUCGUCGAACUCCCAGAAAACAAAUUUUUGGACACCGUUGCAGACGUCGAUGGUUUGAAAGCGAUGGUCCGUGCUCAAAAGGAUAUUAUUCCAGUUGUUGGGGGGAUUUUCAUCGAUUACGAACUUGGGCCUAUUUAUAUCAUGGCGUCGUCGACUAUGAAGCCUUGCGGAGGAACAUGUGCUCCGAAGUAGUUUUACCUGAUGUUUUGUAUAGUUUUGCUAUAUGAGCAGCUUUUCAGCCGGAUAUAGCAUGACAAAAAUUAAAAUAAGUUCGGUUCUGCUAAAAGUCGUUCCCUUUUCCAUGUAUCCCUGGAGAUACUGGAAGCGACAAAACUUUCUCAAAUGCAUCUUCUAAAAUAUGUAUAUAUAUAUAUAUAUAUAGAUGAAAAAUUAAAGCUUCCGCCUUUUGUUGGGCACUUCGACAAAAUUUAAGCAAAGAGGACUUUAUACUUUUUGCUUAAAUUUUGUCGAAGUACCCAACAAAAGGCGGAAGCUUUAAUUUUUUACCUAACUGGUCUAGACGACAAUGAUCACGUCUCAAGCUAUAUAUUAUAGUUAUCUUACCGUUUCGGGGAUCACAAUGGUGAAAAGUAUGACAAAUUUAUUUUUCAGAUCACCCUAGAACAAACCACGUACAUAUUGUUUAGGUUUUAUGCAUAUAUGUAUUUUAUUUAAGACUUUCUUUUAUUUUUAUUAACUUGUAUAAUUGAGUAUAUUCUAUUAC